AUCAUGUGUGCCAGUGGUGACACUAUCAGGAACAUCAUGUUGGCUGCUCAUCGGCAAGGAAUGACCAACGGGGACUAUGCUUUCUUCAAUAUUGAACUCUUCAACAGCUCAUCAUAUGGAAAUGGCUCUUGGAGAAGAGGAGACAAACAUGACCUUGAAGCCAAGAAAGCAUAUUCAUACCUCCAGACUGUCACUCUUCUGAGGACUGUGAAGCCUGAGUUUGAGAAUUUUUCCCUGGAGGUGAAGAGUUCUGUUCAGAAGCAAGGUCUUCAUGAAGAUGACUAUGUGAACAUGUUUGUGGAAGGAUUCCAUGAUGCUAUUCUUCUUUAUGCUCUAGCUUUACAGGAAGUCCUGAAGAUAGGUUUCAGUAAGAAAGAUGGGGAAAAAAUUGUUCAACAAACACGGAACAGAACCUAUGAAGGCAUUGCAGGGCAGGUGUCCAUUGAUGCCAAUGGAGACAGAUAUGGGGAUUUCUCUGUGAUUGGAAUGACAGACCCGGAGGCAGGCACACAGGAGGUGAUUGGGGACUACUAUGGGAAGCAGGGGCGAUUUGAAAUUCGAUCGAAUGUGAAAUACCCGUGGAACCACGGCAGGCUGCGACUAGAUGAAAGCCGAGUUUCAGAGCACACAAACAAUACACCAUGUAAAUCAUGUGGUCUAGGAGAAUCAGCAGUUACAGGAAUAGUUGUGGGCGCCUUGCUUGGAGCAGGAUUGCUAAUGGCUUUUUACUUCUUCAGAAAGAAAUACAGAAUAACUAUUGAGAGACGAACUCGACAGGAGGACUGUAACAUGGGGAAACAUCGGCAGUUACGUGAAGACUCCAUUAGAUCUCAUUUUUCUGCUGCAUAAAGAAGAAGCUGAAAAAGAAUCCCAUUCUUCCUAGGGAAAAGAAAGAAUCAGAGAAAAGGACACAACCAAAGACAUCAGUGUAAAAAGAAGAGGCUCUUGAAGAACUCACUCUUUUAAGCAGUAAUUUUGUCUUAAUUUCUUUCAGAAGCUCAGGAAUGAUUUACUAAUCACAUUAUGCCGCAUGGCCUUUCAUCUCAUGAGAAAAAAAAAUUAUGCAGUUUGAUGUUAUAGGAUGUACUUAAUAUGUAAAGACAAUAUUUCCUAAGGCUAUUAAUGCUAGCAGAUCUUGGCUGAUGGGGAAUGCCUCAUUUUGUUCCCUUUUUUUUUUUUGUUUUAAUAUUUUUUUUUUUAUUAGCUUCUACCACCUUCUUCCAUAUUUGCAUCUCACCCAUGGGUAUCAAAUAUGGUUUCAGAGGCACAGGUGCUGGCUGCUGUCAAAAGGUAAAAAGGGAUUCGUUUGGGGUAUGAUCCUGCAUCACUGAAUCACUGACAUAGAUAACAGGGGAUAUGAAAUUUGGUGUACGGGCCUUAGUUCUGGGAGGGAACUGGCACUUGGUUGUAAUUAUUUCCACUGAGAAAGUCAGGCAGGUGGAAACACACAAACCAUUCUUUCCUUGUUUGUGUGGCAGCACAGUCAAAAGCACUGUUUCUCCCUCUUAGCUGGUGGGACUUAGGAAAAUCUCCAGUGAAGGAUGAGGAGUUUCACAUGUGUAAAAUAGUGACAGCAAAGACAGUCACAUCUCUGGAGAGGACUGAUUAAUUCCUCAGUCUUAUAUGUGCUUUGUCACACUCUUUUCUGUCCACUGCCAUGACUUUCCAGGGGGGGCAGAUGUAGUCCAUGUUGAGCCUGCUCCUGUUCCCAGUGAAGUCAAUGGCAAAAUCCCGUUAACUUCACUGAGCACGGGACUGCACCCAUAACUGUAAAUAUGAAAGUAUUUGUAUAGCUGAUGCAAUUCAAAAGGGGAUUUUUUUUUUUGUAUGUAAAAAUGACAUUUCAUGCUACCAUUUUAUUUUUUAGGAUAUUUUUAAUCUUGUAUUUUUCUAUUAAAGUAUCUAUUUUUGCUUUGGUAGGAUCAAAAAUUAAGGAAGAGGAUGUUUUGAAGACUUAUUUUUUAUGAUAGGAGUAAUAUGCAGGGAAAGUCAACAGCUGUAAAGACACUUUAGAACCAGUAUUUAGGGGAGGAGAAAUGAUUUUGUGGAUGGUAGUAGACUUUUUACCCCACAUUUUUCUCCAGGCAUGUGCAACAUUCAAAGAGUUACUUAAAAAACACAAAUGCAGUUAUUGAAUUGUCUAUGUGAUGAUCACCCUGAUGCUGUAAAUAAUGCAUUUUUCACAUGUUUAAGAGUCCUAUAGAAGUGAGAUUUAACUAUCCAUGUGUGUACAAUUAAACACCCAAGGAACUACCUUCAGGAGUCAUGUGUUAAAACACUAUUUGAGGCUGACUUUAAUCCUGCUGCCAUCAGUAUCCCUGGAAAUUUUGCCAUUUAUUUUACUAGGAGCAAAACUGAAUCUGUGUUGAAUUAGCUACUGACAGGUUAUUUUAUACUAGACAAAGGAGAGCUUUGCACUUUCUAGUCUACAAAUGAACAGUACUUACUGUAAAUGUGAUGAAGACGACCCAUAAAAGUAUUGCCAGUGGGGAUACAGAGCUGUAACUAUGGUUCUUAAGAGUCCAUUAAAUAUUUUGGUUUAUUCUAUUCUGAUUUCAUAAGCAAAGCUUUCUGGUCUCAGCAGCUCUAGUCGGACUUGAAAGUUAAUCUCAAAACUGUCUCUAAAGCAUGAUUUCUACAAAACUUCUGUGCCCUAAAAAGCCAGACUACCAAUUCUGAGAAACCACUUGAGACACCUGGGAGUGAGGAACAAGAACUUUACUGUGCCUGCUUUCUGCUGCUUUUUAUUUCUUGUUGGACAUGUAUUUUUUCCUUAUUCAGUUCACUUUAUUCUUAGCCUAUGGAGGGUUCAUCAUCACCUGCCCUUGUGAUACACUGUCCUAUGUCCCAGGCAGCCACAGGGCAAAGCUUCGUGGCUGUCAGGGCAGCUCCAGUACAGGAAGUCAAUUUCCAGCACCCCAUUUCCCAGUCUGGGCCUGUGUCCCUUCUACAAAGGUGCUUUAGCCAAAGCAGCACUGAUCAGGACACUGAAAGGACAGUUUUCAGAAAUAUUCUCCUUAUUUUCUGGGCACCAGAGAAGGAUGGUAUUCUCUUUAUAUCAUGGGCACCAGAAGUAGGCUACAGCAGCAAUCAUACUGCUAUGGACUUGGAGAGGAAAAAAGACUUCCUGAUUAUUUUCUGGAUUUUUUUUCCCCCCAAGCAGUUGAGUUUAUCUAGCCCCUAGGCAAGCUUAAGGCUUGGGACAUUUUUUUAGAUACUUCUCAAAUCAAUUUUGAUCUACUUCUGGUUUUGAAAAUAGGCCUUUCAGGAUUUUGACUUUAUUUUACCCAUUAUGAUUACUAUGCCACAGAAAAAAGGCAAGGAAAAUUUUUAAAUGUGUGGAGAAAAGAGGAUAUGAUUAGAAGCAUAAGCUUUUUUGGAAAUUAUUUUUGUUGUGACUUGCUUUGCAGUAUGCACUAAUACUCAAACAGUGGCUAGUUAGGAAUCAAGACAUUUGUGUAGAUGUGCAUUUUUCCUCUGCCAUGCACAGCUGAGUCACACCAGAAGACAGGGAAUCUGGCUGGGACAAUAAAUUCUCAGGACAGUGUAUUUAUUAUGUCAUUUUAUGAUACCUAUAAAAAAAAGAAAGUAUAGUGAAAGGUCAUUUUUAUAAUAAAAAAAAUAUUAAUUCUGAUCCUUUAGAACUCUUGCUUAGGGUUUUAAAUCAUGACCUCAGGAAGUGUUUCUUUGAUGUCUGUUGUUGGAUGCUGACCUAGGCUUAGCCAAAACUGCAUCCCAGCACCUCCCAAGGGGUGAACCUUCUUUGCACCUUAGAGCAUUUUGGAUCAAUGGGGUUUAAUGUUUGCAAAUCAAUGCACACAAAUGUAUGCGUUUUUCCCAUGGAAGUGUGGAGAUCAUUUAAGACAUUUCACCUAAGUAGAUUCCUUCACAGCAUAAAUAAACUUGCUCUUCUUAGCUGCCUUUCACAGACCUUUUGCUAAUAGUUCCCAAGUCUUCCAUGGACCAUAGAUCAGAAGCUGCCUUAAGUUUAGAUUAUUCAGCAGAGAGAUUCUUUACUGGCUAAUGCACUUUUCCUUUCUGGUUCAUCUGCAUUAGCUCAAUGCCACAAUGUUUAGGCUCCAAACUCUGUAAGGGAAUGUGUAAUCAAAAUAAUAAUAAUUGAUUAUCAAAAGAGCUUUCAAAACCUACAUUUUUGGCUUCAACAAAUUGCCCAUAAUACAAAUAUACAUCUGUAUUACAGAGAAGCACAAGGAGACCCUUGACUCAGCUCAGCACUUCAGAACACACUUAAAAUAUGCUCAACUUCAGCUUCUAAGUGCUUUGCCCACUUGGGACCAAAGGGUAUGACCCUGGCCAUGGCUGAACCAAAGGGAGAUUGGCCGUGUGCUUGAAUUUAAGAAAGGCUGGCUAUGUAUAUUUAUUGCUAAAUUUUACAGCUGUGCCUGUUAUAUUGAAAUUGAGCUAGUGGUUCAUACUCAGUUUGUCAAAGUUUGACAAAUUCUGCUAAUUCAGUAUUUAUUAAAAUUACUAAACAGUCAUCAGCUUAAUUUUUGAUUCACCUCAGAAUCCUCUUCCUGAGGGUUCUAUGGACAGUUUUCCUGCCUUUUUACCCUCAUAACUUCAACACCCAGGCUUCUACUGCAAUUGACAAAGAUGAAGCAGAACUUUCUGAAGUAUUGUGAUUUAGUUUCCUGAAACCCACGGCUGCAGAGUCAGAUGUCUAGGUCCUGUGCCACUGGUAAUUCUGAAACCUUUGUUUAUGGACAGUUUGUGUGUUCUGAGUUGUCUGUGACUACUACCAUCCCUGGUUAACUACCAGCUCCUGCUCUAGUAUGCUUCAUUGAAGACCACACCCAGCGGAGCUCUGAAAACAUUCAGUCUUUGCUAAAACUUGUGAGUGUGAUUGAGAGCACCUUGGAAGAUUGUGGACAGAAUUCAGUUUAUUAAAGAGUUGUAUUAAUUAAUUUCUGAAAAUAAACCAUGUUGAUCUAUUUUCAAUUUGCUCUUAAGCAAUGCGCCAUUGCAUUAUUGGGAGUAUUUUAUUGGGGUUUUCCAGUGGAGAGUUAUUAAGGUGUAGCUAAUGCUUAGAAAACAUUUGUGCUGGACAAAAUAAAGAGUGUUCUCCCUGACAUA